AUGAGGUUCUCCUCCUCACCCGUCGAGCCAGCGACGGCAAAUAUCCCUUCUCUCUUUUCUUCCUCCGUCUUUCUAGCGCUUUCAAUCCUGCUCUCGACAGCCCAUGCUAUCCACUUGACGCCGGUUGUCCAGCCAGAUCUUGAUCUCAAGCCCCUGGGUCGAGUCGCACUUACAGGCAGCUUUGACGCGAUAUCGCUAUACCAGUUCGAAGAACAGAGGCCGAACAAUCAUCUACCAAAUGGUACCCGCUCUCAAUCACUCCUUACGGCCUUGCCAAACGGUGCGCUCGCUACACUCGCCUCCGCCGACGCUGAUAUAUUGUCACUGUGCCCGUUGAUGGCGGAGAAUGGCACAAUUACCGACGUGGUUGUUGGAGGAAACUUUACAAGUUUAGGCGGUGUUGAAUCUCAAGGGAUUGCAUUAUUUAAUAUGAAUUCUAAUCACGUUACCCCGAUAUCUAACCUGUCUGGAAAGGUCUUGGCCUUGCUUUGCGAUAACGAAAACGGAAUUGUUUAUGUAGGGGGGGAUUUCAAAACGCCGGAAUCCAGUAAUGCUGUUAUAUGGUCCCCAAGUUCAGGGUUCUCUUCCCUUCCGUUCGCUGGAUUCAAUGGACCCGUCUCAUCCAUCGCCAAAACCCGGGAAAACCACAUCGUGUUUGGAGGCUCCUUUGACGGAUUGGGAAAUGCGACAACUCCAGCUUUGAAGGACCAACAGGUUAUCAACCUCGACACCUCAAGAAUAUCAGCCGGGUCGAGUACAACGAAUACUGACUAUAGUAAUCCACGCAAUAUUAUAUGCAAGCAAUUUGGUGAAGGCAAUGCUGGCAAUCCAUGGUUGCUUACAGAUAACUCCCCCGGGUAUUGGCGUGCUGAUAUGAAAUUUGGAUACCAGCCAACGAAAUUGAGGCUUUAUAACACGCAUUUAGAUGGAAGAGGCACGAAAACCUUUCAUUUUACGGCUGUUCCGGACAAUGGAAUAUUGAACAUGACUUACACUGAUCCUGCCACCGGUGAUAUCAAGGCUUGCGAUUCGCAAUGUCCCCUCUCCGACGAUCCAUCCGAAAAAUAUCGCGAUUUCACUUUCGUCAAUCAAGUUGGCGUGAGUGGUUUCCAGCUUGAUAUUUCUGAAUGGUAUGGCCAGGGUGCAGGCCUUGAUGGGUUGGAACUCUUUCAGGAUGAUAUUUAUACGUACGCCGUGGAUGACUUUAAUGAACCUAAAUGCGCCAGAAUCCCAUUUGGUUCUUCCUCAAGCGCAACGGGGAGCUGGCAAGUUACUCCCUCACGUCACCGCACGUCCGACUAUUUAAUAGCCCAGGUUGCAUCGACAGAUCAGACGCCGACAUCGGUGACCUUCAUGCCGGACAUAAAACAGUCGGGAAAUUACUCAGUGACUGUUUUUACUCCUGGAUGUCUACAGGACAAUACAUGUGAUACCCGUGGCAUGGUUGAUGUUACGUGGUCGGUCACCUCCAAUAGCGACAGGCAGGAGCAGACCGUGAUAUACCAGACGAAUAAUUUUGACAAAUAUGAUCAAAUAUUCUUGGGCUUUGUCGAUGUUAGCAGCAGUAACUUUCGACCAACCGUGAAGCUGACUACAAAAGCUGGCCAACAGAACAUUCACGUUGUUGCAUCCCGUGUUCGGUUCGAACUCAUCUCAUCGACUGGCGGUCUCAACGGUCUAUACGAGUUUGAUCCGGAAGUUAAGGAAACCAGCGUAGACUUCUCAAAGUCCGCCAUUAAUAGAGCGGGAAUGGAUCUUGAUCCUGGCGCGUCAGUAACGAGUUUGGCUUUUGGGAAGGAUAUUCUCUUUAUUGCUGGAAAUUUCUCCAGCUCCUCAUUCAGCAACAUUAUGUCCAUCACGGAUGGCAAGACUGUUUCUUUGCCAGAUGGAGGGCUGAAUUCUCAGGUUAAUUCUGUGUUGCUGCUUGAAGAUUCUCUUUUCGUUGGUGGUAACUUCUCGAGCACAUUGCGUGGUACAAGUGAGAGUGGAAAGAGCCUUAGUAACGUCGCUGCAUACUCACUAUCCAAAAAGGCAUGGGGUCCUCUAGGGGCAGGUGUAGAUGGUCGAGUGGAGUCCGUUGUCUAUUUCUCUCUCAACCUAACAGACAACAAGCCUGAACCUGCUGUUGCUUUCAGUGGGAACUUUUCGCAUAUCCUUCCAUUCGAUAAAUAUCCCCUACAAAUAGCUCUAGGUUUCGCGAUUUGGGUUCCUUCUCGACAGAAUUGGCUGCAGAACCUCGACGUCAGCCAAUCGGCUUUUAUUGGAGAGCUUACCACGUCACUUAUGGUUAAGAAUGUAACCACCCUUUUUGCUGGUAGCCUUAUGUCGGGAGGACUCUUAACUCGUGGAGCUGUUGCAUUAACCGACAAUAAAGGUCUUGGCCUUCAACCACUGCCCGUCAACAUACAGUCGAUAGAAGCAAGCUCAUCGCUACAAAAGCCCCUCGCCGCCUUGCAAGAUGUUCCCAUUGUAACUACAGGACUCUUCUACAAUCGUUCGGGACGAAACCUCACCAUAUUGGCUGGCCAUUUCUCUGCAAAGGGAGAGAAUGACGCAACUGUUAAUAAUUUACUUUUCAUGGACGGUUCACGCAACAAUUCCAUCACCGGUACCGGGUCUGGCAUUGACACUGCAUCAACGUUUUUGACGAUGGGUUUCCAGGGAGACUCACUGUUUGCUGGCGGGAUUGUCACCGGUAGCGUUUCCGGGUCAAAUAUAAGCGGUCUUGUCGCUUACGAUCUCCAACGCAUGGAAUACCAAGCCCGUCAGCCAGCAGCUUUGGAAGGUGACGGCAAUGUUGUUGUAAGCUCCAUCGCUCCACGUCCAGAAUCUACGGAUGUUUACGUCGGUGGCCAAUUCGAAUCAGUUGGUGGGUUGCCGUGUCCAGCUGUAUGCAAUUACCAGCCUGCUUCGAACCAAUGGACGAGGGUGGGCAAUGGUAUUCAGGGCAACGUUUCCGUGCUUAAGUGGGCGAACAAGGAUAAACUUAUCGUCGCGGGGAAUUUCACGGUUGCAAAUAACCAAACUACUUUGGCUACUUUUGAUGCGACGACCCGAGCUUGGUCUUCAAUAGACGGGGCGACUGGCGUUAUUCCCGGGCCAGUCACGGCUCUUGGCCUUGCUAGAGAGGACGGUUCUCGCUUCUGGGUUGCUGGGAAGUCGUCUGAUGGCUCUCCGUUCCUUGUGUUUUAUGAUGGUUCGAAAUUCCUGGUAUCUGGUUCUCUCUUCGAGAAACAGAGUACGAUAUAUGGGAUCCAGGUUCUUGGGGUUAGGAAAAACCACCUCGAAACUACCACGCUCGAUAAGGACCAAGUGCUUUUCAUUUCUGGCAAGCUCGAAAUUCCUGUUUUUGGUAGUGCAUCUGGUGCUCUAUAUAAUGGAACCACAUUAACACCAUUCGUCCUGUCGACGAAGGGCGAUGGUCAGCCAGGCAUAGUUACAGAGCUAUUCUCUGAAAAUAGAAACACAUUCAGAGGGGGCCGUCGUCCUCAUUCGAGAGGAAUCGUCAUUCUGGUUUCCUUCUGUAUUGCAUUGGGCUGUGUAUUCCUGAUUGUUCUGAUUGGAAUUAUCUUGAAUCGUAUCCAGCGUCGCCGACAAGGUUAUGUCGUAGUGCCUCGAGGCACAGACCGUCGCCCAGACCUACAACGAAUCCCUCCUGAACACCUCUUGGAUUCCUUAAGACGGCGAACAUCUGGCGUACCAGUCAUAUGA